AUGAAAGUGUGGCGGAAACAGGGUGUUUUGAGCCGGCGCGCGCUUAUCAUGUGCUAUUUUACUUAAACCCUGAACACGCACACUCAGGCAUUUAAUUGAGAACAUGUUUACGUUUUUGACGACGGAAGUUUUGAUAUUCAGACCUAAAUUCACCGCGACACUGUGUGAGUUUGACAUGCUGUUUGUUUAGCUAGCUGGCUAACUUUGGUUUGCUAAAAACCUUCCUAGCAAGACAGAUGACUGUUGCUAAGCUGCUCUCAGGGCCCCGCCCACUCCAGGUGGUUUGGUGUUCAAACAAACCGACCGUUGCUAGGAUGCGCGCGCAGCCUGGACCCAGAAACAAUGGCGCUGCCUAUAGACCGGCAUUAUGAGCUGUCAGAUUAUGCCAAACAAUUGUCGUUACAAGAUCGAGAAUGCUACAUAAAUAAGUUAACUCUAACAAGUGGACAUCGCCUACCGGAUCCGCAUUUAAUUAAAGAGUGGACGGACGAUGUUAGUAAGUUCCCUGGUAUACAAUGGCCAGAUAUAUACUCGUACCUUAUUGACCAGACUUCAGUGUACACCCACGAAAAACUUCAUGCCUACAAGUCUUUAGACGCAUAUGAUUAUGUUAUGUGCGGGCAUGUACAACUUGAUUAACAAUGGGACAUUCAUAUUCAUUUUGUUUUAAUCAAAUUAUGCCAGUGAUGUGAUGGCAAUGUGGCUUUAGCUACAACAGCAAAUCCCAACACUAAACAGCAAUUUGCAGGAGGGAAUGGCAUGAAAGGAAUGAUAGUGUAAAGAGUGCAGCUAAGAGAAAUCAGAGCUGCGUAAAAAGCGAGAGGCAGAGAGCAGAAAUGAAACUGAACGGGGCGGGAGCUACAGUAGGUUAGAGCAGUCAGCGUAAGUUGGCAUUUAGAGUGAGGGCACACAAUUUUACCUUUCCAUCCUUGCUUUAAAAUUGUGAUUUUCGGCAUACACAAAUAACGAUGGCACAAAAUCUGGACUGCUUGAGUCAAGCGAGAGCUCUCCUACAAACAAAACUGCAUGCAAAGCUAAGUUAACAUGCUAACAAUAUUCAUUACAUUGUGUAACUAUGACCCAGCUAAUCAGACAAACGUUACCAAAGUAUUUUGCUACAUCAAUAAACAAAAACUAGAAAGAAUAAAAAAGAAAGAUUUAAUAAAUAGUCUGAUCUUACCUGUGAUGAAGUGGGCGCUGCAAACCCGUGCAGUUUUGAUGGUGCUUUCAUCCCAGUCUACACGUUUGAUGGCUUGUAGCCAUAGACGUCGGCGAUUUUUUUGGAAUGGGUGAGAUCCUGCUGGAAUUCUGUACAUUUUAACCCCAUCACUGCUACGAUUCUGACACCCGACAACACAACAACUAGGCAUUUCUGAGUCUUUUUUGGGUCCAGGCUGCGCGCGCAAUUUCCGCUUGCGUAUGAAUGACGUUUACUGCGAAGGGGUCUAUAAGUAUUGGAACUGCUAGUUCUCAUAUUGUGACCAAACACACGCAUUACAUACGAGUUCCUUUUUUCCAAAAUUAAACUUUUGUUUCUUUUCCAAUAAUAAACCUAUAAAUGUCAUCAUAAAAUUCUUUAUGUAGCAGUCAAUUUUUAAUAUUAAUUUCUAAUUGUUUCUCAUUUUUUGAAUAAUUUUUUUCAUGAAAGUUUGGAUAUUUGAUACAAUCUAGAAGCAGGUGUUUGGUAUUUUCUUUUACACCACAAGUUCUACAUUGAUUGGAGUUUAAAAAAAAAUAAAUUGUGCAUUAUUAAGUCGACAUUUUCCAAAUCUGAGUCUUGUAAUUAUCCUUUGUUUCUGUUUUUGUCAGAAUAUCUGGUGCGUGUUGUACUAUUUGGUUCUAGUUGGUAGAAAAAUCUACCAGUUUGAGAGUUAUCCCAUCUGUCUUGCUAUAUUGUAAAAACAACAUCUUUGAUAUGUUUUGUGAUAUCAGUAGUGGUAAAAGGGGAAUGAAUAUCAUAAAUAUAUGGUGGUAACAUUUUUAGGGCUCUACAUUAAUUUUUGAAACCACUUGUCCUGUCGGGCAAGUUGAAAGGAAAUUUACUUGUCCGAAGAAAUAUUUGAGAAAAAAAACACAAUCUAUUUGUAAUAAACUAAUUUCACCAGAAUUACUUUAACACAAUCUAUUCACUGCAGAAAAAAAUUGGACUCGAUCAAUCAUUAAUUUAUUUAUGAGAAAUUGAAAACCAGAAAAUUAAAAUUACACAGUAUAUUUUCAUUUUUAAAUUAUUAACUUUGAAUAUAUAUCCUCCACUGAUUAAUUGUUGUUGUCUAAUUAUUAAUUGUGGCUCCUGUAUGGUAUUUAAUGGUUGCGAUGAAAGUUGCGGUGUUUUUUAGGUUUUUGUUGCGAUUACAUUGCGGGAGGAAGUGAAAGUUGGGAGAAAUUGUUGCGAUUUUCUCUUUUUGUGAUUAAAAUUGAGUGAUAUGUUAAAUAUUAAGUUAUUACUGAAAAACUAUUGAUAAAAAAAACAAAGACACUGAGAAACGGUUCUAUAAACAACUUUACCAAUAUAAAAGAUUACCAGGACUACAAAAAUGCAGAAAAAUAGGCUUUACUUAUCCAAAUGCACCUGUUGGUUCAAAAGUUAAAGUGCAGAGAACCUCACAGCACAACAUGAAGUUACCUUCAAAUAGAAUAUAAAUGCCUCAGCUUUCAUGUAAGAAAAAAAACACUUAAUACUAGUACUGUGUGCAGGAAGUGUCUCCUGAAGACUAAAUUAAACAAUAAUUAUAAACUAAUAAAAUAAAUGGCUCAGGCUUCAUAGAAGAAAAAAAACAAUUUGAACAGAAUCUCACAGUAUGAUGCUGAAGCUGCCUAAACAAUGGAAAAUAAAAUACCAUUUUGGCAAAAAUGUUGGCAUCCAUUAAUUUCUUGUAUUAAGUAAAAAAAAGAAAGUAAAGUGCACACAGUCCUUCACUGUAAACAUAACACACUUUCAGGAACAGAAUUUAAGCCUACAUAAACACUGACUCGCACAGGCUGCUUCUCUUGAACGUACACACGGAAGUAAGGCGGAAGGUACUUUGUCGACGUCACCUCAAGACGACACCAACGAUUGGUCAAAUUUGCGGGAAAGUUGCGGUGAUUGGAUAUAAUUGCAACACCGCCCUGAAUUCGCGGGGAUUGGUUGAAUUUGCGUUGAAGUUGCAAAUCGCAACAUCGCGAAAUCCUGGAGGGUCUGGUAAACGACCGUUUACUUUUCAGCUCAAAUACACGAAGCGGUAUUGGCCGGUUUUGCAAGCGGAAUAUUGCACAUGCGCACAUCGCUCUUUCCGAAGAGAAACAUCUGGCGAUUCAUCAAAACAAUAUGUCGAGUGAGAUGCUUCGGAAAUCAUGUGAAUAAACUGAUAAAUUUGAUAUGUAACUCGAAUAUCGGCGUAUUUUGGCACUUGUCCGAUCGGACAAAUAACUGAGACAAUGAACUUGUCCGACAUAAAGGAUCACUUGUCCCAGACAAGCGGACAACCGUUAAUGUCGAGCCCUGGUUAUUUACCAGCUGGGAGGUCCGUAUGGUGAAAUACCGUGACCGAGGUCUUGAAAAUACUGAGCGAGGCCCUCUGGGCCGAGGUCAGUAUUCAAGGCCGAGUUCACGGUAUUUCACCAUACAGACCGACCUUAAGCUGGUAAAUAAUAUAUUAAUUUUUUCUUUACCAAAUUCUAACAGAAAACGAGAGCGCCCGAAAGGGAAAACCGAGCCGAGCCGCCAUUUUGAAUCCUCAUUCACGGCUGUAAUGCAAAUGGCUUCCUCCUCGGUAUACAAGUGCACUUCCAUGGCAGGAAAAAAACUACAUUUUGCCGCCUAUGUAGUCCCCUAUUUAUACAAAAUUGAGUCAUUCAGGAUUCAGCCAUGUUUUUGCUCGGCGUUAGCAAGUUAGAGGUUUUUAGCUUUCUUCUGAAAUGUUUUAUUUCUUCUUCCUCAGGGUAGUAAAACUCGCUUUCGCUGUGAACACUGUCGUUAUCGCUAUCCAUGAUGUAAAAUUAAUGCUAUUCUCCUGAGAAAUGCUGGCAAAAAUUUAUAAGAUUUUUGAUAAUCUUAUAAAUUUAUCUUUUUUUAAAUAAGAUUUAUGUUGACAAAAAAUGCUACUAUGUCUGUUGUUGUUGUGAACGAGCGAGUCGCCAGAGGUCCGUAACCGGGGUCCGUACCGUUGGAUAAGGACCCGCUCGCCAGCCAAUCAGAGCGCAGGCCCACAUGAGCUGGAAUCCAACAAAAAACAACCUUACCACCCAUAUGUUUAAACUGAUACAUAAGGCAUGGGCUUGCCUGGACUUGGAUAUCUCAGCAUGGGCCAGUUUGGUGAUGUGUUCCAGUCCCAGUCAUGGCGCAGGAGAAAGAGACGAAGUGUCACAUUUAGGUUUUGACACUCCUUUUCUCUUGCUUUGCAAUCCAAAUAAAAGGCGAACAGGAUGGAGAGAGAGGAAAAGUGGAUUCAACCAACCAUGCGAGACAAAGAAAGGCAGGAUUGUUUGUUGGCUGCAGGUGUAAAAGAUGUGAAUCCUGUGAGAAGACAUUGUCGAGAGCCUGAGAUGUAUCAGCGACUGAGACCGCAAUCUGGAGAAGGCGUGGACGAACUGGACCUAGAACGCAACCCUGAAACGGAGUGCGAAGGAUCAGCAUCAAUGCAGUCGUCGUCUUCCUCAUGUCCCUCUCCCUCUGCUCUCCUCUCUACUUUGUCUCUGUCCUCGUCAUCUCUGCAGCCCUCUUUCAUUCCCGCUUUCACGCCCGUGCCGAAUAUGGACACCGUAUUGGUGAAUGAGCGACUGGUGCUGGAUGUGUAUCGGCGUGGGGGUACAGUGAUGCCCCCUCUGUGGGAAUGUGCACCAGAGCAAAUGAAGCGGGUAGAGUACGUCCGACUGGGCUCCGAGGACGAAGAAGCACUGGAAGAUGCUCUUGGUGUUCUUCCUCAUCUCACUCAGCUGCGCUCAUUAGCUAUUCGAGGCCACCGCUUCUACGAUGCCCAAGGUGAACCCCUCCCUGGCCUGCUGACCUCCCUCCCUCCCUCAGUUUCCUGCUUUUCCUUGCUGGUCCACCUGGAUCUCUCCUUCAAUCGCCUCUCGUCUCUCCCAGCCUGCCUGCUCUCUCUGCGUCAGCUCUCUGAGCUCUUGCUGUGCCAUAACCUCCUGACCAGCCUGCCUGCAGACGUGGGUGGCCUAGUGGCCCUGCGCCAUCUCAGCGUGCUGGGAAAUAAACUGGAGACGCUACCCUCCCGGCUUAGUCUUUUGCACGAGCUGCAUGACCUAGAUGUGUCCUUUAACCGACUGGAGAGUCUGCCCGAGGAGCUCGGCCAGCUGAGAAAGCUACGCACUCUGGAGCUCUCGUCCAACAGGCUUCGAGAGCUGCCUGAGACAUUGGGUUCUUUACACUCUUUGAGGGUCCUUGCAAUCCACAGUAAUGAGUUGCGGAGCAUCCCGGAGUCUCUGAGAGCCCUCCCUGAGCUAAAACUGGACGUGAGAAAUAACCCACUGGGGCGACCCCCGACCCCACCGCCACUGCCUCCUGCACCAGCAGCUCAGGCUGACUCUGCAAUACCAGAAUUACACCUUGCCUUCAACCAACACAAGUUUUCAGUGUCUCCUGCUGGAUGUCAUGUGUUUCUUCCCGGUGGAGGCGAGCUCUUAUUUCCACAGGGCUGCGUUAAGGGUUUUACGCAGUUCAAAUGGGCCGAAAGAAAAGCAGACAGGAAGUGGAUAUGGCUUGAGGAGCAUGAUUUCCUGCUAAGUCAUCCUUUGGAACUGCUUCCGCACGGUGUUAGAUUUGAUAAGCCUGUAGAAGUGUGCAUUCCAUACCACAGGACUCGUAAAGGGGAGGUGAUUGUGCGCAGGUAUGACGGUCACUCCUGGAGUACACUGCCCACUCAGACCAGAAGAGGGAGCCACAGGCACAGCUGUAGACCACGGGGCCGACCUGCACGGCUGGCGUGCUGCACUGUGGUGCACUUCUCCUGGUUUGUAGCUGUCUCUUGUCCUGUUAGAGACCAUUGCUCGGUGUUGCCAGAAGGAGCGCUGCUGGUCUCUCGCUUUGACCCUGGGAUCAAACUCACUUUUCCUCCGAACUGCACAACACAUGCGCGCACAGUCACACUGCAGGUGCUGCAGGUGGCAGAGUCUGUGGUGCAGGAUCUGACUGGGGACCCACACGCCAGAGCUAGCCCCCUCCUCUGCCUCUCCCAAACUCCCAGCAUGCACUUCCUCCAGCCAGUCAAAGUGCAGAUCCCACUUCCACCUGGGCUUACUGGACUUACAAUCGAUAUGUCUCGGCUGCACCUGCUGCAUGGUGACCCUGAGGCUCACAUCUGGACUGAUGUUACCGCUCAGGUGUCUUUAUACAUCACACAUCUCUAUGCCAUCUUUUCUGUCACACACUUCUCAUGGUACUGGCUGUGGUACACCACUCACAGCUGCAUUAGUGGAGUAGUGAGGAAAGUGUACCACAGACUAAAGCAGUUCAGGGUUCAGUUUCUGGUGCUGCAGAGAAAAACAGACCUCACACAAGUGCUCCUGCAGUGUCUGCCUUCGGAUAAGGUCGACAGUAGGUUAGUCUCUCUAUCAGAGCAGUAUGAUGGGCCUCAGCCUUCAGAUGUGUGUAACCUGUUGGAAGGAGAGCAGUUCUUCGCUGGGUUUGAGAGAGGCAUCGACAUCACUUCUGAUCGACCAGAUUGCAGAGAGGGCAGACUGGCCUUCACCUUCUACUCUCACCUGAAGAACAUCAAAGAGGUGCACGUGUGCCCGACACACCAACAAGAGGGAACUGUUCGAGGACAGGUAUCGUUCUACAGAGGCGAGGUACCCAGUGACCUACCAGAGGAAGUCAGUCGGAAAAGGAAGGGCCAUGACAGCCAGUGGAUGGCUACACUCCCCCUUAGACUUCCUGGUGCUGACCAGGAGGGCAGUGUGUAUGCAGAGCGGCAGUAUCCUCCACUAAACCUCGGUGAUCCUGAGAGCGGCUAUCUGACCGAGACCAACUUGCUGGCCAUCUCGUUACGCAUCAGCCAGGACUGGCGCAGCAUCGGCAUCAACCUGGGCAUCAGCUAUCAGGAGUUGGAUCGCAUCCAGUUCAAACACAGAGAUAACCUAGGAAAUGCGGUGUUGGAGAUGCUCUUCCAUUGGGCGAGAGGGCAGGAGAAGGCGGGAGCAGGAGCGGUCCCACGGCUGAUCGAUGCCCUCAUUGAGAGUGGGAGGCGGGACCUUGCUGACGAAGUGGAGGAUAUAGUGAAUCUGGGGAAAAAGAAGUACACGGAGUCCUUGAAGAGAGUGGGCCUAGAGACAGAGACUCCGACAACCUCUACUCGGUCUCUAUUAAGCUGACACACACACAGGAGAGAAGAUGGAGAUCUUUUCUCGGUGCCAAAAUGCACAAAUCACACUAAUGGUGCUGGCUGUAUGCAUACUGUACAUUUUAAUAUUUUAAAGAGCCAAUCACUUAAUAUAAGGCACGCGCACACAUUUCUCUGCAGUGUCCUAGUCGUCAGGUUUUCCACUGUGUGGCUGUUGCUAUGGCUGAGCUGCUGUUAGGCUGAAUCAUCUCCUCACACAUGUCUGCUGAACAAACUUCUUCCACUUUGCUUCUCUGUCUCCUGAAGCUUACAACAGCUUUGUGUUCACCAACCAUUAACUUUUAAACUGGAACCAGACAAAUGCGCUGAAAUGUUUAUAUUGCCAAUGUGUUUUUGUGAUCACUGAUUGUAUUUUUUAAAUUUGAACCAGUACACUAUAAUAUAGCCAAAAGUUUUUGGAUAUGUGACCACCACACUCCUUUAUCAUCUUUUCCCAGAAUGUUCGAAGCACACAAUUGUAUAGAAUAUCUUUCAGGAUAAGAAUCUGUUUAAUAGCCAGUGUGCU